AGGAAGAAGCCGCUCUGUCAGACAGAUGCUGGGAGGGCACAACCCCCCCUCCCUGUGUGAGCAUUGUCUGUGCGAGGCAGCCAAUAGGGGAGUCUCUGGCCAAUGGGGCUCCGGCCCCCACAGCACCGCGCACUGCUAUUGGCCAGAGGGGAGAGCCAGAGAGGCACAGCUGCUCCAUGCACAGCGCACACUUCCCGCUACUGAUAGGCAGAAGGCUGGGAGCCUAUAGCAUUGGCAUUAGCAGCACCCUGCAAGGAUCUAUACGGGCAGAGCCCUCCCUGGCACAGGGACAGGGUCGUCCCUCUCAUGGACAGUGGGAUGAACACAUGGAGCACUCACUGGAGACCUCAUUAGUUCCCUGUGGGAAAGACAAGUACAUUUCCAAGAAUGAGCUGCUUUCACAUUUGAAAAAUUACAACCUGUAUUAUGAAGGACUGAACCUUCAGCUUCGGCACAGAGAGGAGGAGGAGGAGCUGAUUGUCGAAGGACUGCUUAACAUCUUUUGGGGCUUAAGGCGCCCGAUCCGGCUUCAGAUGCAGGAUGACAACGAGAGAAUUCGCCCACCUCCUUCUUCUACAUCUUGGCAUUCGGGGUGCAAUCUACUAACCCAACGGCCUGUGGCUAAACCCGCCACCAUUCCUGACAUACAGAUUACAGAAGCUGAAGAUAAUCCCACCAGUACCGAGGAGGAGGAAAUCAAAACCACUGAAGAUGACACCCCACAGCUGAUGCGCACCAGGAGUGAUGUUGGGGUGCGUAGGAGGGGGAACCAGCGCACACCAGGGGAGCAGAGACGCAUAAAGCGCCAUCGCUUCUCCAUUAAUGGGCACUUCUACAACCACAAGACAUCAGUAUUUACUCCAGCGUAUGGUUCUGUCACCAACGUGCGGAUAAACAGCACAAUGUCCACUCCCCAGGUCCUGAAAUUGCUUCUCAACAAGUUUAAGAUUGAGAACCCGGCCUCGGAAUUUUCUCUGUACAUGGUGCACACCAGCGGAGAGAAGAGGAAGCUGAAGGACACUGAUUAUCCUCUAAUUGCACGAAUUCUGCAUGGGCCUUGUGAGCAGGUGUCUAAGGUUUUCCUUAUGGAGAAAGACCAGGUGGAAGAGGUCACAUAUGAUGUGGCCCAAUACAUCAAAUUUGAAAUGCCUGUUUUGAGCAGUUUCAUCGAGAAACUCAAGGAGGAAGAGGAUAGAGAGGUGGACAAGCUAAUGAGGAGGUACACCUCCUUGCGAGUGUUAAUCGAACAACGUUUACAAGAUCUGGCAAGAUGUCAUGCCACCAUGUAAGCUCUUCAAGGGUGUUUCCUGACUGUAACCAGAAACAUUUCCCUCCUUGUGAGAUGGCAACCAAACAAGGGUCUGGUCAGGGGGGUUGUAACUUUUUAUUGAAAGCACAUAUUGCUUGACCCCCUUCUGCUGGAUGGUAUGCCCUGUAUUGCAGAUCACCUAAUUAGCCAUUCAAAAUAAUGCUUCUUGGCACCAUAACAAUAGGUUAAUGUUUUGCUUCUUAAUUCUGUACUUUAUUGGGUUUAGCACCUGGCUGUCUGUUGCAAUGUGUUCCUGUUACAGUCUGAUAGCAGCUUCCAGCUUUAGUUGAGCUUGAACACACUAGGUGCUCAAGUACCUACAAGUCAAUUUAUGCACUAACAUCAACCUUUUAUUCAUCCCAUUAAAGAAAAUGUGUUUUUCUGAUAUUUUGUUGAAAGACAAGGUGAGCCAGGCAGCUCACGAAUAUAAUAACCAGUAGGAAGUUAUCUAGCAAACAGGCAGUAUUUAGGGAAAGACGCAGAUGCCUUAUAGAGGAAAACCAGGGAGUAGGUGCCAUUUUGGCUUGCAAAGCAGCAUGCUUGCAAAUAAUCAUGACCGUAGUAGAGGAUUAUGGGUAAUUGAGAAAGGUACAAGUUGAGAGGAUUUGCCGCUUCUUGACAUUAAUUUGCAGAAUGUGUAGGUGUAUGGAAUUCUAAGAUUCCAUGGCACAGGUUAUAAAGCACAGAAAGCUUUUCUGAGCAUUCAGUAUAUGUACAGCAGGGAAAGAAAGUCCUUGAACAGGGUCUCACUAGCUUGCAUUGAUUAUGGGUUAGAAGGGAAUUAACCUAAGAACAACUUGGCACAGGGAUAGGCCCCAGCACAGCAAUACUUAUGGGAUAGGCGUGUAUUUUGUACCUUUUGCUUUUUCGUCUUUGACAUGAGCUUCUGAUCUCUGUGUAAAGUUUUGUCUUUUCUAUCUAACAGAAAAUGUGAAUUUUACAGCGAUAAUGCUGAUUUUAUGGCACAUCAGCCAAUUUCAUUCUGAAUAAAGCACUUUGCAGUA